ACUGUGGCAGCUGGUGAGUGGAGCACAUGGCCAGACAGGACCCAUAAGUUGUUACCAAAACGUUUGCCCGAAAUGGAAACCCUGGUAACUCUGUGCACUCUCCUGUCGCUCCUCUUUGUUGUUCGUGCAGACCUUGUGGCACAAUUUCAGGAUGUGCCAGAAUGCAUGAAGUACUUCUACAAAAGUCAAGUACCAAAAUACCAGGCUUCUAUACCUGGCACUGCACGCCUCUGUCAGCGCUUUGCAAACAGGUAUCACUUUGCCACCCUGUAUGACACCAACCAUCGUAUUGCAGUUUACUCUGCAUACAUUUUCCAACCCAGCAAUGGAGGUGGUCGGGAGAGACGGUGGUUUGUAGAGCCCCAGCUGGUAAAGCCAUCCUGGCAAGCUGAGAUGAAGGAUGGUUAUUGGCUGGGGAAAGACCAUCCUGGGGUCUACCUGGGCGAGAAGCAAGCUCUCAAUGAGGACUACACACACUCAGGCUUUGACCGAGGUCACCUUAACCCUAAUGGACACCAUGCAGUCCCUGGCCGCAACGCCACUUUCACCCUCACCAACGUGGUUCCUCAGAACCCCAAACUGAACCAAAACGCAUGGAGAAUCCAUGAGUCUCAGCUCACUGAGCUUUUCCGUGAUAAGUGCUCCAAGGCCUACGUUCUGGUCGGCGCUGUUCCCUCCGCAGCUAACUGGAUUGUCAAGAACAAUGUGAAGCGUGUCAACAUCCCGGACUACCUGUGGAAUGCUUUCUGCUGUUUGGACAACAAUGACAAGCCCGUUCGGGGGGGCGCCGCCGCAGCCAGGAACACGGAGGACAAUUGGGUGGAGAAACUUUCCCUGGAUGAACUGGGAGAGUUCUUGCAGCAGUUCUCAAAUCAACCAGUGGGCGAGCUGUUCCACAACAACUGCAUGGCAGAUUAAUUUGAUGAUCCACACAUUGUAAAGAAAUAUUUUGGAAAAUUUGUAAAAAUGGAAAACAUAAUGAAGCAUCCUUUCCUGAGACUGUGCUCAUCUCAUCUACCUGUGAAUAAAAAUGACUGAUCAAGUUUA